AUGGAUAGUGUGUUGAUUGCAUUAUUAACUAUCUUAGCAGGAUUUUUAAUAAUCCUUUUGAUAUUUUUCAUUCAAACAGGUGGAUUAAAUUCUAUUUCACCAGUUUCUAAAAAAUCUAAAUUUUAUCAUCCAACUUUUCUUAUCCUUGGAUCUAAUAAUUCAGGUAAGACUUCAUUAUUUAAUAAAUUACAACAUAAUGAACAAAUUAAAAAUACUGUAUCAUCAAUUGAACCAAAUGUAUCAAUGAUUAAUUUACCAAUUUCAAAUCCUUCAAUUGGUAAAAAAUUUCAAAUUAUUGAUUAUCCUGGACAUUUAAAAUUGAGUAAAAUUUUUGAAAGAUUAAUUAUUAAUGAAAUUACUUUAAAAAAUUUAAAAGGAAUUAUUUAUAUGAUUGAUUCUUCAAGUAUUAAUAUUAAUGAUGAUAUUAAUUUUGAAAAAAUUGUUAAAUUUUUAUAUAAUUUAUUUAGUAUUACUGAACGUAUACCAAAUGGUGUUGAUUUUUUAAUUGCUAUUAAUAAAACUGAUUUAUUUGAUUCAAUACCAGUUCAUAAAAUUAAAAAUAAAUUAGAAUUUGAAAUUAAUAAAUUGAUCCGUCAUGAAAUUGAUAAUGUUGGUAAAACUUCAGGUAUUGAUGAUACUGGAAAAGAUGAUGAUGAUGAUGAUGAUGUAUCAAAUGGUGGUAAUUCUGAUAAAAAUGAAAGUUUAAGAGCAUUUUGGAUGGGUGUUGUUGGAAAUGGUGAUUUUACUUUUGAUAAAUUAGAAGGUAAUGUUGAUUUCUUUGGUGGUAGCACAACAAAGAAUAUAAGUCAAUGGGAGAAUUGGCUUGAUGAAAAAGUUGUCAAUCCAUAA